UGUUUCUCUUCUUCUUAGCCAUCUGAUGAAGAUACUAUCAGCUUUAAUGUUCCAAUGUCGGACAUCGUAGAAGAAGAUCAGGUUGUAAAGGAAGAUUCAGGUCACCAUGUUAACUCAAGAAAAGUGGAAUUCCAUCAGGGAUCUUCUCACUUGAUUGUCAAUGAUAAGUCAAGAGAAACAGGAAACCAGUUUGAUGAAUCGGAUACCCUUACUACUGAAUUUAUGAGUUACAUUAAGAGCAGAGCAGAGUGUGAUGAAUUAUUGAGAAUAGAAGAGGACACACAAUGGCAGACGGAUGAAAUCAGUCAAAUGCAGAUGGAGACGUCUUCCCUUGGUCAGAGAGAAAAUGCUGAAGAGGAACUAGAAUUCCAGAGGAGGAGGGAGUUGAUUAUGGAGAAAGCAAAGCCUGAAGUGAGAACUUGUGAGCAGGGUGAAAAAUGGUUAUUGAGUCAGAAUGAUCUAAUUGUUUGGAAUACAAGUGGGCAAACCUCUCACAAUGAGAACAAGGAUAAAAGUCCGACAGUGUCUCCUACUACAAACACCACAAUCCCUUUUGGCCUGAAGCCACGAUCAGUGUUCUUAAGGCCACAAAGAAAUUUGGAAUCGAUAGACCCACAAUUUACAAUUCGAAGGAAAAUGGAGCAGAUGAGAGAAGAGAGAGAGCUUGUGGAACAGCUACGUGAGAACAUUGAAACAAGACUAAAGAUUUGUUUGCCUGAAGACUUGGGGUCUGCUCUGAUGGAUGGUGUAGUUCUCUGCCAUUUAGUAAAUCACGUUCGUCCUCGGUCUGUAGGAAGUAUUCAUGUACCUUCACCAGCAGUACCUAAACUUAGUAUGGCUAAAUGCAGGAGAAAUGUGGAAAACUUUCUGGAUGCCUGUAGAAAACUGGGGAUACCAGAGGCUGACCUCUGCUCUCCGUAUGACAUCCUGCAGUCGGAUAUUCGUCACAUUCGAAAGACUGUUGACACUCUGCUCGCCCUCGGGGAGAAAACCCCACAAUCAACUUCUACCUUUCGCUCCUGGGAUCUAAUAGGCUUUUGUCUUUUCCACAUACUUUUUAUAGUCUUGAUGUAUAUAACUUAUCACUGGAAUGUGCUAACAGCAUAA